UUCGCAGCUUUGGCUAUGGAGAUUGGAACAAGUAGUCGAAAAUCUCUCCAUCUUCAUGAAGAAAUAAUCGAGGAAGAAAUACUGCCAAGACUGCCGGUGAAAUCACUGUUGAGAUUCAGGUGCGUUUCGAAAUCAUGGGGCUCUUUAAUUGGCAGCAAAAGAUUCAUUAAAAAACACCACCAAAAUUCGAAGAACAACCCUUCUUUCCCCCAACAAAGUAUCAUUAUAUAUACGUAUUUGCAUGAAUGGCCUCACCAAUGUUCUCUGCUAUCGGCUUUGAGCGGACCAACAAAUACUAUCCCUUCAUCUCCUUUAGCUGAUCCAACGAAUACUACAGUGACGUCAUUUAAAAUUGAGGGGUGCUGUCAUGGGCUGCUGUGCAUUCUCGAGGAAGUGGACGAGGAACAAAUUCAAUUUCAUUUGUUGAACCCAUCAACUAGAAUCUCCAAGAAACUGCCAGAAAUUUCUAAUUCGGGCUUUGUUUAUAAUUUUGGAUUCGGUUGGGUUGAAUCGAGUGAUGAGUACAAGGUGUUUGUGAGUCUGGUUGAUCGUAGGAAUAACUUCAGGGGUUGCAAAGUUUAUAGUUCAAAGACAAAAUCAUGGAACACAAUUGAGCUCUGCGCGGGUGUAGUUUUAUGUAGGUCAAUGAGGGUGUUUGCAGGUGGGAAGCUUUACUGGAAGAACGAAGAUGAAACAUUUAUUACUUUCAUGGACUUGAAGAGUGAGGUGUUUGGAAUGAUUGAGCUUCCCUUUGAUCACGAGGAGGGUGUGCUUGGUGGUUUCCUUUGUGUGCUAUGUUAUGUGAACUUUCCUAAUAAAAGAGGAUUUCGAGUUUGGGUUAUGCAGGAGUCUUGGGAGAAAGUGAUGACGCUUGAUCAACUUCUUGAGCUUCUUCAACCAGUACCAUUGGUGGUGGGUCUAAAGGGAGAGAUUUUGGUAAAUUGUGGAUCCUUUGUGAUGGUUUACGAUCGUCGGGAUAAUGUGUUUCGCGACCUCAAGUAUUGUGAAGGUUCCUGUUGUCUUGGGUUCUACACAGGGGCAGAUCCAGGAAUUUUGUUGGGGGGCCCGGAAAUUUUUUUUGGGAUAUAA